UGUCGCCUCGUCCAGGCUUCAGUUUCAGUACAUUCCCGAGUUCGGUCGCUUCGCCACGAGUCGACUUGAUUCUCCAUCGAGCGUCUUGCUCUAGAUAUGUGUGUAUGCUGGGUGCAGUCUUGACUCUUGUUCAUCGUUUUUGAAAACUUGCGCCGUUCCUUUCCAUCCUUUCCUACAACAGAAUUUGACAAAGAUCCACAGAGUCGCUAAGUAGGCAAGUCAGUGUCUAGCAUUUCAGCAGACUCUGAUGCAGCAGAACUGCAGAAGAGCCCUGACUUGAGCCGUCGACCAGACCGUGCCGUGUAACUCCUUUUGCCAAGGAAGAUUCUUCCAACAUUCAGUCCCGCCUCUAGCUCUGUAAAGGUCUAGUAGCGAUCGGAGUUGUGUGCAGCUGUUUCGAAGCCGACGCGGAGUUGGACGUGCCAGACAUCGCCCGCACGCUGGGUCGCAGUCGCGAUAAGGUUUUUAGCCACAUGGUCAACAUCAGCAUCACACUGCUCCAGGCGUCCACGAGCUGACAGCACAUAGUACCUGAGUAGCACAGUAGACAGUAGUAGCAGCAGCUGUGCAGCCCUGCUGUCACCAGAGCAAAGGCAGAAGCAACGUGAAGCCAUCGUGCUAACGCUAAGCCAACCCGAGUCGACCUGAGUGGACUGUGAGCGGUGUGUUGGAUAUGUAGAGCAGAACGUAUGCCAUCGCUAUUGUCAGUAUCACCACCAGCACCAGCACCAUCGCAAGCAGCAGCCACAGUGUAACACUGAGAACAGCAAUUCUGCUUUGCAGAGACGGCGCGUCAUCCGUUGUGUGCACAGCCAAAGACUUGACUGCAUAGUUGUAGCGGGGUGCAUAGCCACUGGCUUGGCUACACAUCACCCUAGGUGUGUUGAGCCACAGACUUGACUACACAUCAUCAGCUGUGCAGACAACACUAGCUUGAUGCACACUCAGGCUGACUGUAUGCUGCACAGUAGCACAUAGCCGUGUUGUGAAUGCUGUGCAGAUGAGCAGAUAGCAUCACCGAGCUGGACCAUGCCUGCACAGCACAACAGUCACCAACACCAAAGCCAUAACCAAUGCAUCACUAUGCAAUGUGCACCAGGCCGAUCGUCAUCUCAGCGUCAACAUCCUGGCGCCGAUCAGCCUGGAGACGUUACACCGAACUGCUGCACACGAGCGUGCAAGGGACCAGCAUUGACGGCACAUGGUGGCAUUGGCAAUACAGCGGCACAACGGUCUCACCAUGGCCCCAGCUGGGGGCAUCUAGUGGCGUUGGUCAUCCUGGUUGCUACUAGCAACCUAUCUUGCAUAGAUGCACAGAGCUGGCUAUCGAUGUCUUCGUCGUCGUCAUCAUCGUCAUUGUUGUCGGGAAAUCCCACCGAACCGCUCCACAUGCGGCGAUCCUCUCUCAGUACACACCCCUACCACACGACAAGCCGUCCACAGGAACAGGUAGAGUUAGAGGCUGCCAUAGCAGAUGACAUAUCACCUGCAAUUCUCAUAGCCAUUCUGGCAAGUUCCCUACUCCUCAUCCUGAUCAUCCUCAUGGUGAUACACCGAUUCAGGGUACUAUCAGCACCGUCUGCUGGCAAACAUCACGACAGCAAGGCCGAUGACAGCCUGAGAGACGAGCACAUCGUAGACGAGAGGCCGAAAGCGAGUGCGAGUAUUGUUCGUCGCGAGUCUACGAAGGCCGAGCGCUCGCAGGAGAACCGACACAGCGGCAUCGGCCUGGCUAAACGGCACGGCUCGCUUCCGUUCAGCACUCGGCCGUCGGUGGCGAUGAUGCGAUCGUUCGACACGCCGUCCACGUCGUUUUCCAGCUAUCUGCACCUGAAGUCCACGGAUUCGGGCGGCGAUGUUGGUGAUGACCCUGCAGCGAUGAUGAUGAGCGAAAGUAUUCUUGCCUCGUCCCUGGACAUGGCGCGUACACCACACACAUUGCUCGGCACGGCGUAUUCCUCACUGCCCAUGAGCUCCGACCAGCACAUCCUCGGCGACCAUCACCAGCAUCACUGGAGCGCCGCCGCAUACUCCUCUGCACGUCGCCACGACAACCAUCGUCGCCAGCACAACGACUACGUCCUGCAGCAGCCCCGCGCCGCCUCCUCGCGACUUAUGUCAUCCAUGACAUCAUACCCGAGCCUGCAGGUGACGUCAUCGCUGGGCAGCGAGGCGAGCCAUUGCCUGGACGACGAGGAAGAUGAGCGAAACACACGACGAGAUGACGAGGUAGGUAGCAGAACCAGCAAGUCAUCUCAGAAUAUUCUGCAACUGGUUACCUUUCCGCCGUGCAGUAGCGAUGAUGACGACGACGACAUCAUCGACGGCGACGAAAACGAUCAAGCACCAACACCGCCCGGUGCCAUACUUCGAUCGCGCGUCAGCUCUGCGUCGUUCUCCCUGGCGACGCAUCAUAACUCGACCCGCAGCCUUCACGGCGAGAUACACCGCACUCGCUCGGGUCGUGAACACCUGCACGGCUCGCACAACCCGGUGCUGUUUCGACGCGCCGACAGCUGCCAGAGCUUGGUGGACCGUACAGUGAGCGGCGAGUCGCAGCGCAGUGCAAACAACAACAACAACAACAGUGGCGGCGGCGGUGGAGGUGGCAUGCGUAUGUCCACUAGUAGGAGCCACACGGCGUCGUUCACGUGCAUCGUGCAAGCUCGCCAAGACAGUGAACAUGAUGCUAGUGGUAGUGGUGGGGUUAGGCUGACCCGGAAUAGAAGCUCAGCAGCUGCACAGCAAGAUGAGUCACAUGACCGGUCAGCUGAUCAUGCAGUGAUGCAUGCAUGUCAACCUGAACAGCGAGUAGUAAGUCCAACUGCUGACCCUGCAUGCAGAACUGAUUCACUGAUGUCAUCUCCUAUGGAGAUGACAUCACAGUCUGCGCGGAACGCGUCGGCAUCAAAUACGGCGAAGUCCUCUCGAACCAAUACGUCUUCCUCAAGUCACUCAGAGAGGAACCAUGCCAUGGCUCCCAACCAGAGCUCCACUCUGAUGCAAAGCCAACCAAGCCACCCACACUCGGAAGCAGGCCACCGCCAUCAUUACCACGGUGACCGUGGCCAAGGUCACAGCAUUCUGACUGCCCCAGUCCAUGCAAGGCAGGUGUUUGUGAGUGAGCGACAGGGCAUCUUUCGACGAACGUCGUCCUACCAUCGAAGUGAUACUGCACCGCAACAGCGGGAGCCGCCGCAACAUGACCAAACACAGCGCGUUCCACAAGGUAGAGUGCAGAUACCACAGCAACAGCUGGCAGUCUCUGUUCUUCCUUCUCUCGUGCCAACUCUCCCUCGACAUUCAACCUUGCAGUACCAGCGCACAGGCGAAAAUAUCGUACUGCAUGGCAAACCGUCCAAAUCGUCGAGCAUGCCGAGCCUCCAGGACCUCACCGAUGCUCCGGUUCAACCGGGAACACUCCAGAGCCUUGCACACACACUACAUGAUACCGGAGAUGCCCGUCAUCAUCAUCAAGACCACAAUGGUGUUCUGAAAUACCCGCCUAGCCGGCACGGAGGAGCAAAGAGCCAGUGGGUGCCACACCUGGGCACACCCAGUGACAGUGUCGACCACACAAGAAUAGCCACCGGCGCAGCUGACAACAAAGAACGUCGGGCAGGAGCCAUGGAAGCCGAGAGACAAGGAUAUUGUAAUAGCAGCAGCGCGGAUACAACACCAGUUCUGUCACCGAUCUCGGACACUGCAGCAGCAUCAGCAGCAGCAGCAGUGGCGACGGCAGCGGAGCAGCAUCGCAUGCUCAGGCAGGCCGCGUCCCUGCCCGUAGGCGGCGUGUACACGAGUGACGAGGGCGCUACGAGUACGGACUCCACCACGCCGAGCAGCAGUGCCACAUCAUCCGACAGCGAGGUGGUCAGCCCAUCGGCACCGUUGCAAAUGCCCACCAUUGACAUGCUGUACGGAUGGCACCCGACACAGCCAUCACAACAGCAGCAGGUUCAGGCGCCCAUGAACCAGCCUGGCGAGGGAGCGCACAGAAGACCCGUUGACGCUGACCCACACUACGUCUACGAACAAUACCCACUGUCCAGCCUAGACCUACUGCCCAUGGAUGCUGUUCAAACAGUCCCAGCAGCUAACCAACCUGUACAUGGCCAAGCAGAGCCCAUACCGGUACCGUCAACUGAUGAUGUAGGCACACCGCACAUGCUAUACCGCUCGACUUCGCCACGACCUGGGGCGAUGAAGCGGCGCAAGCUUUCCGAAACACAGGAUACAGUAGCUCCUGAGCACGGAGCUGACCCAGAGCAGCCGCCGGAUGUCGAGCGAAAGCGACACUCUCGCGGCUCUUGGAACUUCAAGCACCAACUCCAUCAGUCCGUCGAGACGGGACUGUCGACGGCGGAGAUCUACAGACGCGCCAGCACGGAGUACAGCGGCUCGCGUGGCUCUCAGUACUAUCUGGGUGCUAGGUCAGCGGGGGUCAGCACGGCAUCGAAGCAUUGGCAUCUGGACAGGCUGACCGCACCGCCUACUGUUGACAAGUCGACGGCAGCAGCAGCAGCUGCACAUGAACACCAGUGGAGCGUAGCCCAUCGGGGUGAGAUCACGGAGGACACGGUCAGCUUCGGCGUGGCCAGCAUGCAAGAGAACGAUCUCACGCCGGCCGCGUCCUUUGGCAGUCAGCUGAACCGCGCUGCCGCCACCGCUGUCAGUGAUACUCGCCACUAUCACAACUUUGGUUCCAUGCACGUACCGUUGUCAUCAAGGAGCCAUCAUGAGUCCAACAAGGAGUUACCCGGUGGCUAUGCAAGUGGCAUGCCACGGCCGCAGCUACACGAAGACCACGCUAUCCCACUGCCGCUGACCCGUAAGAAUGUGGUGGCGUCGUCAAGUGCCCAGCGUGCUAGCAACACCAGCAGCGGGGGCGGUGGCGGAGGUGGUGGUGGUGGUGGCUCAGCAAUACAGCAACUUUACGCUGGACGAUACCCUCCAUUGGAAGUAGACGGCAAGAAGACCUCACGUCAGGUCAGCUCAACGAGCAUCGCCUCGCAGAGCGACAGUUCCGGGACAGCUGCCACUAGCUCCACACUCACGCCCGAUACAGGUUUCUAUGGUUACGAGUGCGAUGUCCAGCUCUAAGGAUGAGACUGGCCAGUGUGGCGCUGAAUUCUGAACUAGCAUUUGUACAGGAGCACCGGUAACCAUGGCAACCCAUCCGCAGAGUGUGCCACGCCCUUGGGUAGAGUUCAGUCAAAAUUCCCGAUCAACAUCAUCAGGCUGUAGCGGCCUGUCUCAGCUCUGCGUACUCUCAACCGCGAAUAAAGUACCCCUGGCUGGGUGAGAAGAGUACUCCUGCACAAAUGCAACUAACUUGGUAUGCACUGACAGUCUGUCAGGAUAGCAAUGAUGUGUAGGCCAGGGAUUGUGAUAUGCACUGGGCAUGGUUCAGAGUUGCACGCUCUGGACAUCAUAAUAGCUGUUAGCCGUAUACAGAUGUAGAUGCUGGAUUACUCCCGGCACCACCGUGAGUUCCCCGGGAACGGAGACGACAAUUUACGAAUUUAAAAAUAUUUUGUUUAACUUCAUACAAAAACAGUGCAUGCAGCUUUGCAAAUAGGGGCACAUGAAAAUCUGGAAUUAUAAUUUUUACUAUGAUUAUGAUCAACUGAUGGAGACAUCACAUCCAUGUUAUUAAUAUUAUUAUGCAUGAAGAGUGCACAACAGUUGCUGUUCCUAA